UAAUUAGGUACCUACACAAGUCUACUUUAGUCUACUCUGUAGUAAUUAAUGUGAUGCUCAGGAGCUACGGUAGUAUGUGUUAUUAUAUUCGUUAUUUAUUUUUAAUUCAUGAUGGUUAAGCAGUUGUAGCCUAACUUGUUGAGUGGUAACGGUGAAUCUCAAUAAUUUUAAGACUAAUUAUCUUAAAACUUAUUGAAGUAAUUCUUGAAAAUGGCGUUGAGCGCCGCUGCCGAAGAUUAUUUCCGCACUAUGAAUCCGUUAGCAGCGAAAAUUCACGAAGACAUAAUUGAAGCGAAAAAUUUAUACGAAAACAUCUGGGAUUCACUCACGGAAAAGGAAAAAGUGGAACUUUUAAACGACACACUCAUAAAACCAGACAUCACAUUAAAAUAUUCUCUGCUGGAUACAUUCAAUUUUGAUUUGAAUGCUUUACCUGCAGAAAAAAAUGACUUGAUGUCAUUCUUUGGCCGCGAACAUGGUCAAAAGUUAAUACAGGAUGAGAAUUCCUCGUACAGAGAUGAACAUUCAGCUCCAUUUCUAUACCAAACUAAGAGUCAGCUAGAUUUGUGCGUUUUAAGCUCUUAUAGAGUACCUAAGGAAAAGCCUACUUCACCUCCACCUGUGAUGUCUGAAUUGGAGUUAUCUCACUCUAAAGUUGUGUCAGAAUUGAAGAAUGCUCUCAAGUCCCAUGAGUUACGUUCUCACAAGGAAAGAGAGGUCACUUCACCAGGCUUCAUAAGUAAAUUCAUGGGAAACUUUAAGAGUAAAGAUGAAGACAGAGAGUGCUUAGUAUUGAGCAACCAGACACAGAUUGUUGCUUCUUCAGAUAACUUCUUCAAAACAAAUUUUAAGAGUGUGCAAAAUGAUAGCAGAGAUUAUAGGAAUAGUGUGGUGAAAUCUAGCAGUGAUCUGUCAGAGGAGAACAGGGGAUUGUUGUCGUCGUCGCAGGCGUCCUCCGGUACCGACUUCCAGUCGCAGGAGACACUCACCGAAUCAAUGUCCGCUUUGCCAAAGACCGGCUACGAUUUUCUUGAUAAUUGGUAAAUGAAUAUCUGCUUCUGUCAGCCCUUGUACGGACCGCCACAGUAACAAGAUCGAAAAUUAUGCUUACGUUAACCAAUUAAAAUGAACUGGAAAUGUUGAAAAGUAAUACACUGCUGGCUCCGAUCGGCCAUAUCUUAUUAUGGCUACACAAUGUAUUGGUAAUAUUCCUUGUGUCUCAAUGUGAAACUACUAAACUGAUAGUAAUAUUAAUUUAUUUAAUUAACCAUGGUUAUCGUUAUAUUAAAUACAUAUGAAGUGAGCCCCCAAUGUAUUGGUUGAUAGCGGCGGCUCGCGUUUCUGUGAGACCAUUGUCUCCGUGAGUCAGUCGAUUAACAGUGUUGGAAAAAAAAAGAAUAAACUGAUUUUUUCGCGUAUUACCAGUUACUGGAGGCUAUAUGCACCUAUUAAAAUAUGAAAUAAAAAUUGUUAAUUGUAUUGAAGUCCCGAAUUGGUAAAAUAUGUUCAUGGUAAAAUUAAGUAAGAUGUUUUAGGUUGAUAACUAUACAGACAGACCAAUAAUACAACCUAUACAACUUGCAACAACUGAAAUAUGAAUACAUAUUAUUAUUUUAUUGUAUUAGAAUAAUUAAUUUUUUUUGGUCAUCGGAAGACUGAACUUAGAUUUUUUUAUUUUUCAGUCCAAAAUAACCUGAUGAUUGUUUGUCAUCUAUUGUAAAUGUGUUAAGAUAUCUUCAUCUUUAUGUUCAUUGAAUGUGCUUAGCAAUAUCGGCUUACUCAUAUACUCCGAUAUCAAAAUGCAAUAAGCAUGCUAUUGGAAAUAAUUCACAGGAGUACAUCAAAGGUUCUCAUAAUGAAUUUGAUUAUGUCUUUACAACAUAUGAAUAGGAUUAAACUAUUAGUCAUGAUCGAAAUUAUAUAUUUUAACUGUUAUUUAUCUCAACGCUUUAGAAUAUAUAAUCUGUUAAAAGAUAAAUGGAUCUGAUUAUAAUCUACAUUUAUAACUCUAAGAAAUGUAUCAGAAAUCUCAAUUUACCAAUAGAUUAGUUGGAAUUUAAUUUUAAUUAUUUUUUAUACUAUAUUCCUAAGACUACACUAGUAUAUAAAAUUUUAAUAUCGACCCAACAAUGGGUCCCAUCCUGGACAAGUAUUAUUUUGUAUCCUGUCACUGACUCACUCAUAGUCAGUACUCUCUGCAGUAUUCAAUUCAGUAUUUUAACUCGAAUAAACUGCAUUUAUUUAUAAUUUGUAUUUGUAUGUAGAAUUAUGUGAAUGCUGUCAAUACUCUUAAACGGCCAUUGAGAUUGAUUUUCUUUAUAGUUUCUUGAAUUAAGAAUGUGUUAAGGCUGCCAAUAAUAAUAUCAAUAAGAUUGCACAACAUUAUUUCGCAAUCUUAUGAUUUUGAAUUUUGUGCAAUUUUAUUGGUUAAUAUUUCGCCGUUUCUCCGCUACGCUGCCUAGCCCCGCUUCGGUGGAAAGGCAACUUUACCUUCUUAGACAAAUGCUACAGCAGGUACCAAAAAUGGUAUCUCUUUACCGCUAGGUGAGUGUUGUGUAAUGUUUGCCUGUUAUUUUGUAUUGGCUAUGUCAAUGUGCGUCCUGCGCUAUGAGUAAAAUAAAUUCAAUGUGCGAUUAAAGAGAUUAUAUCGAGCUCUUGAACUUGAACAUUGACGUCGCUGUACAAAACCAUGCCUUAUUUGGUUUUCGAUGUUCGGCCCUAUCUAUGUGUUUAGUUUUAAGCUAUUGCAUAGCUUUUAUCGCGGGCUUUGAGUGCGGCGACUGAAUCAAGAAAUUCCGUAACGAAAAUAAAACUUAACACCCCCAUUCCGCCUACCAUGUAGCUCGCGUUCAACACAUUCACACGUUGCGUUUGUGGAUAAGCGCGCGGCGUGACGUCGCACUGCAUAUGCGCAUCAUGAAAAGUCUGCCCAUCUCUCUCUCGCGCGGUCUAGCUAAUGAGUAUGAAGGGGACAGUUAAUGUUUUGCUUAUUUUAAUGUUUAUAAAUAUAGCGUGGUCUUAUUAUUGUUUUAAUAUUAAAUUAUUAUUGUCUAAUUAUAAUUGCAUAAGUUGAUAAAAAAUGCUAUGCAAUAGCUUUACCGCAGGAGUCCCCGAGUGCCACACGUGUUUUUUUUUUUUUGAAACAUCUGUAGAAAAAUCAGUCUGCACAUAGAUUAUUUUUGGCAAGUUAUAUAUUUGUAAAAUAAAAUUGUAAUCUCAUUAUCCAAAUAAACGUAGUUUUAAGGGA